GAACCCUAGAAGAGCAGAGCUACAAAAAAGCCAAAAGUCCCCUUUUCCUUCCUACUUUUUGUUGGCGAAUCUUCGAUCUUUCACUUUCGAAUCUUCAUGAUUAGUGUUGCAAGAGAGAGAUAAGAAAUCAAACAACACUGCCAAAAUGUUUUUGCAUGUUGGUGGUAAGUUAGUGCAAAACAAUGGCCUUAAAUAUGUUGGUGGGGAGUGCCAUGUUUGGAAUGUAGACCUAGAAAAAAUAACAGUGUGGGAGUUUUAUAGAAAGGUUGAGUUUUGUAAGUAUGAUCCUGAUAUGGUAGAUGGGAUAUGGUAUCUACAACUUGAAAAAACUUUAGAAGAUGGCUUAGUGCGAAUUGUCAAUGAUGAUUCAGUAAGGGAUGUGCUAGAUAUUAUAAAGGAGGAAAAUGACAAUGUAGGUGACAAUGUCCAAUCUAAUGUUACUGAGGAAAGUGUUGGCAUUGAUGGGGCUGCUACUAAUGUUACUGAGGAAGGUGUUGGUGCUGAAACUCAUGAUGGGGAUGCUGUUGGUGCUAGUGUUGAAUCUGAUGAUGCAACAUUCAUGACAACAUUGAGAAAAGAAUUUGAACCACCAACAGUUGGUGUAAAGUAUUUUGAUGCACAUACUACAGCAAGUUCUAGUGUUGGAGGACCAAGUACACAACAUUUUGAUGAAGCUAAUAAGAUAGGGAGUGAUGAAGAAGAUAGCUAUCUCUCAACAUCUAACGACGAAGGGAGUGAAGUCGAACAUGGUAAAAGGAGACAGGCUAUGCAUAAGGUUUACCAAGAGCCAAGAGAUGAUGAGACUCUUGACAUUAGACUAGGGAUGAUUUUUACCAACAAGCAACAAUUUGGGGAUGCUACUUAUUUGGCAAUGGACCAACCAACUGAAUCUUGGAUGGUGAAGACAUUUGUGUCUGAGCAUACAUGCCAUUGGCUAUUAAAGAAGAACAAGCAAUGUAGCUCAACAGUAGUUUCAAAGUACUUGGUGAGGCACAAAGGGUUUACUGCCUUGUACAUGAGGCUAACUGACAUUUAUAAUCUCAUUAAGAAAGAGUUAAGUGUUGAGUUAUCUCAACGUCAACUGAAAAAGUCGAAGGAGAAGAUUGGGAAGGCAUUUGAAGGUGAUUGCAAGAUGGAAUAUGGCAAAUUAUGGGAUUAUGUUGUAGAGCUUCAAUUGAAAGACCUUGCUACCUCUAUCAUUAUUGUGACAUCAAGAUCAACUACAGAUUUAAAUCCUGUUUUCUUAAGGAUGUACAUCUGUUUUUCUGCAAUGAAGUUGGGAUUUAUAAUUGGCUAUAGGCGUAGGCGUGUUGUUGGCCUCGAUGGUCCUUUCUGUAAAGGAGCAUUCAAUGAAGUAUUGUUGGUUGUUGUUUCUAGGGAUGCUAAUACCCAGAUGUUUCCACUUGCAUGGGCAGCCGUGGAAGAUGCUGAGCAUAGAACAUAUGCUAGACACAAAUAUGCCAACUUUCAAAAAAAUAAUGGAGGCAAAGAAUUGAAGGUAGCAUUCUGGGAAUGUGUUAAGGUUAACAUUGAACAUAACUUCAACAAGGCAUUAACUGAGUUAGGUCAUAUUAAACCAAGUGCAGUCCCUGCCAUCAUGAACACACACCCUAGAAGCAAGGCACAAGGUAUUAUUCUCUAUGUUAGAAGACUUGCGGGCAAUGUGAGGACGGUGGCUAGGAGAGAAUAUGGUAGCAGCAAAUUUGUUGGGAUGUUUGUCCCAAAAUUUGAGCAAAAAUUGUUGCUGCCCGAAAAGGUAGCAGGAGGUGACACUUUUAUGGCCUAGUUGUGACGGUCUAUAAUUGUAUAUUUUGCUUAUGUUUUUAUUGCAAAAUUUGCUUUUUGUUUGUAUGUAUGACAUUGCAUUUAUGUAAGGAUUGUAAACACUGCAUUUUGGAAUGGUAUGCACUUUGUGUAAGUGCUUAUUUUCUCAAAUUUAUGUACAUUCACAUACAACAUUUAUAACAGAUUUCAACAACACAGAAUCUUCGAUAUUAUGUUAGGUUUUAAGCAAAGAGGCGCAUUACCAUUGGUUUAGACAAAAAGAAAAGCCUUUGUAGGCCAAUAAACGCAAAAGAACAUGGAUUCUAGUGCAGCCUCUGUAGGUCAAUAAACUGACAAUAACCUG